AUGGAUCUCACAUCAGCAAACUUCGUCUCUGAGCUGCCCUGGAUACUCAAUGAAAUCGCCUCAAGCUGCUUCGUUGCCAUGGACCUCGAAAUGUCUGGCAUUCCCCUGUCCAUCAAGCAACAGGGCCACAAAUCUCUCCAAAAUCACUACCAGGAAAACAAAGCGGCCGCAGAGAAGUACCAGAUCCUGCAGGUUGGCUUGACGAUUUGUCGCGAGGACAAAGAAUCCGGUAGCUAUCUGCUCAAACCCUACAACAUCUUCCUGCAUCCGUGCCUGGACCGCAAUCUUAACGUUAACCGGGAGUGUACUUUCAAUGGGUGGUCCAUGGAUUUCUUGAUCGGGCACAGGUUUGAUGUGGGAAAGGCAUUCAGCAGCGGUGUCCGGUAUCUAUCCCGGCAGGAAGAGGUCACAACGCACGAGGUAGCCGCGCGAAUUUGGGCUCCCAGUCCACCAACAGAGGUCGAACGCAAGCUCCCGGAUGUGGAAGACAUCCAAUUUGUCCAGGAUGUCCGAUUCAAGAUCAACACCUGGAUAGCUGGAGGAAAGACACGGGGGACGCCCUUGAAUAUCUAUCUGCGCCUCGACAAUGAAGGAAAGGCUCGCCAGGGUUUGCCCAUCGAGGUAAGCGCCAAGCAUAGAUGGGCCGUUCAUACCUUGGUCAAGGACGAGUACCCAAGCCUAAAGGCACGGGGCAUGCCAGAUUGCGUCCAGAUUGAGAAGCGCAAUGGCGGUGCUAUGCGCUACGGCCAAAGAAUGGAAGAGAGCAGCAAGCGCAUUCGAAGGCAUGUUGGAUUCCGUUGGAUCGUGGAGGCUCUGGUCGGUGGUGAUGUGAACCUCGAGCCGUCGACCUUCGAACCCCUUCUGCCAGAAGUCCGGGAUCCGCUCAUUGAUGCAAAAGCACUCACGGAGAGGUUAAAGAGCCGCCUGAAAGAGAACCGGCCCAUUAUCGUAGGGCACAAUUGUUUUACCGACAUGAUCUAUUUCUAUCAAUGCUUCCUUGGCCCCCUUCCAGACAAGGUCGACGAGUUCAUCUCCUUGAUCCAUGAGACCUUUCCCAUUGUGAUUGAUACCAAGUACCUGGCGGAUCAGGAUUGGGACGCCGUGAAUUCGUCCACCGCACUAGAGGAGCUCACCAAGAAGCUGGCCAAGAUUCGUACCCCCAGAAUUGCGAUCGAGCACACGUUCUCCAAGUACUUGCGCAAGAGAAACGUCCACGAAGCAGGCUACGACAGCAUGUUGACCGCAAUUGCGUUCCUGAAGACGGCGACUCAUAUUGAGGAGGGAGGGAAGCUCCCAAAGGGAAUGCGGGGACAUAUUGAGCACAUGUCACUUAGACUUGCUUCUGCAUUGACCAAUCCAGUGCAGGAUCUUUUCCCGAGCAAGGGUCCAAUUCGCCGGAGGGGUCCAUUUUACGACUUCUUUGACAUAGAAGAUGAAGAACAAGGACCACAGGCCGAAGAGCCUGUGCUGCAGACAUCACCGCUUGCCCUCGCCGACACCGGAUCGAAGGAAAUCACCGAGAAGGUUCAGAACAAGUUGUUUAUUCCACGCUUGGGCAGCGAAUUCUGGCACACUUAUGGGAAUAGACUGUGUGCCUUCGCGGCUUUCGAAAGAACGGUGUAUCUUGGACCGACCGAGAAGCCUGUCAACGUGAUGAAGAAGACGGAGCCCAAUGACGUGAACCGUGAAGCCAAUCACGAGAAGGUGGUGAAGACAGGCGUGUUGAUCCGCUUGGAUUAG